AUGAGCGGUGGUGGUCGCAGAAGCACUUCGGGGCAUGAUAGCGGCGAAGACGAGCUAGAGACGACAUCAAACGGAGCCAGACAUACCCCAACUCGCAACCAGGAAGGACAUACAGCCAAGAUGCAGUUUGCAUCCGCCGAUAUCGAGGGCAACAGUGGAUAUUGGUUCGCGGUCGAUGUUCGCGGCGACGAUUCAGAGGAGUGGCCGAGGCAACCUGUCUUCUUCGACGUUGAUUUCUACCUCCAAAAAUACCAGGGCUAG